AUUUUAGUUUGCUGAUCGUGAGCGCAUUUUUUAUGUGGAAUUUAGUGAAGAAUUUUGUUAGUUUAAAUUUUUUCACGUUGGUGCAUACGCGCGUUUUUCGGUGUGCCUUCCACGGACUGCUUUAGUACGCGAAUUGUGAAGUGUGGUGAAUUUUCCUUUAAUAUCUAACGUAGUAUUUCUUGAAUGCAGUCAAACAAAAUGUCAUCCCGUACAGUGUUUGGAGUCUGUCUUCUCUUAGUCUUCUUGACGACCAUCGUACACUUCCCACAAUUGGCUGAAGGGUUUGAGGAUAUUUCCUUUGAUGAUCAUGAGACGAGCAAGAUGAACAUAGUAGCGCCAGAGGAUGUUCCGAAAUCACGCACGAAACGUGGCAUAUUUUGGGACUUCUUUCAGAAAAUGGUGACUACGAAGAAUCUAAUUGUUGAUCAAUACGUUGAUACCAGAGAUACAUUGAGCGAUGUUUACAAUAUGCUAAACGAAGGAUUCAGUGAUCCAGCUCCUCGGAAAUCCACAUUACGACCACCUACAAGUACAAAGAAAACGAGUGAUGAGGAUCAGUCUGGCAGCGGCGAGAUGUCCACUACAACUGAGCCUUAUAGAAUUUCACGCUACGAAUUGGGACGUAUUUUGGGACGAAACUUUCGAGGAUUGCAGCGUUUAACAAAAAUCGAAUUUCAAGAUGCUUUUAAUCAAUCACACUACAACAUACAAGAAUACAAAGAAGAAGCACGCAAGCAAUUCGCCAAUAGUGUGGGCGUGGAGAAGGUAAACCAAAUAAAAGGACUCAAAGCGGCGCUGAGUGGUUGAGCUGAAGACGAACAUAUUUAUAAAUAUAUAUAGUAUACAGAGAUGUAUUUGUAUGUAUAUAUAGAAACAUAUACGUUUGUAAAUAAAUUACAUCGUGUAUGCAUAAGUCGCAGAAGCUGUUAUGUACAUAGACUUGUAUUUACUUAAUUAUAAUUUUAUAUUUCACCAACGCAGAAGCUACGUAAACUUCUAUAAAAACUAUGUAAUUUUUAGUUGUAUAUUAUGUGUAUAGAUAUACUUGUGUAUAUAGGUAUAAGAAGUAUUUUUUGUACAUACUUUGUUAAAAUGUAAUAUGAAGAUGAUAUGAAAGAGAGACAUGUUCUCCACUCAAAUGCUCGCCACAAAAUGUAAUUUUUUUAUGCCAAUUAACACAUACGAGUAUAUAUGCAAGUAUCAGCAUUGUAAAUAUAUAUAUAUUUUGUAGUCAUAACCAUUUGUACGUUUAUGUAAACAAUUUUAUAUUUUACUAUUUUAUACUUUAGGUUACAAUAUUUAGGUGCCAAUUGUCA